UUUCCCCACCUGAAAAUUGAGAUAAGUUUUAUUAUCUCCUCAACUUAUUAGGAAGAUUAAGCAACAAAAUGCAUGUGAAGGAUUUAGUGCUUAUGUAGUAAGAGUACUGAUUGUAUUUGCAUUAUUACGUCAAUCAUAACCUACAGCUCGCAUUUGUGCUUGUCAAUAAGAGAAAGUUCCUUGGGGGCUGGGAUGGCCGUCGACACCAUCCCCUACAGUCCUUCAUACAGGAGCACGGGCACAGCAGAUGCCCCCCAGAUAAAUCCUGGCUCCACUGAGUUGAUUCAUGCAGGCAAUUUCACCUGGAAUGAAAUGCAAGCUAAAGGUGUUUCAGAGGGGCUUUGGUACCUGUUUGGCAAUAUUUCCCAGCUUAUUGAAAAAGGCCAACUGGGUGUCUCCACCACGGUAUCCCGCAAGGAGUGGGGGGCAGAAGCUGUUGGCUGCAGCACUCUGCUGAUGGGGCCAGUGGAUUUCCUCAUCGUGCACCACAUCCCUGGACUGGAGUGUCACAACCAGACCGUCUGCAGUCAGAGGCUGCGAGCACUGCAGGCCCACCAUGUCCACAGCAACCACUGGUGUGACCUGGCCUACAACUUCCUGGUUGGGGAUGACGGUGGGGUGUAUGAAGGCGUUGGCUGGAACACUCAAGGCCGGCACACCCAAGGCUACAACAACAUCUCCCUGGGCUUUGCCUUUUUUGGCCCCAAAGAAGGCCACAGUCCCAGCCCUGCUGCCCUGUCAGCCAUGGAGGGCCUAAUCUCCCACGCUGUCCGGAAGGGCCACCUGUCACCCGGGUUUGCUCAGCCACUUCUUGUGAAAGGCGAGAACUGUCUGGUGCCUCCGCAGAAGGCAAGUCUGAAGAAAGCUUGCCCCAGCAUUGUCCCGCGUUCUGCUUGGGAGGCCGGGGAGAUCCACUGCCCCAGGAUGAACCUCCCAGCUAAGUAUGUCAUCAUCAUCCACACUGCGGGGAGAACGUGCAACCUGUCUGAUGAGUGCCGCCUGCUGGUCCGCGACAUCCAUUCCCUCCUCAGGGACAGAUACGGCUCAUGUGACAUUGGGUAUAACUUCCUUGUGGGCCAGGACGGUGCUGUUUAUGAAGGGGUGGGCUGGAAUGUCCAAGGCUCCCACACCCCCGGCUACAACGACAUCGCCCUGGGCGUCGCCUUCAUGGGCACCUUCACAGGUUCUCCACCGAAUGCUGCAGCGCUGGAGGCAGCCCAGAACCUGAUCCAGUGUGCGGUGGACAAGAAGUAUUUGACUCCCAACUACCUUCUGGUGGGACAUAGUGAUCUCAGCAGCACCCUGUCCCCGGGGCAGGCUUUGUACAACAUCAUCAGAACCUGGCCUCAUUUCAAACACUGAGGGAGGGAGGCCCCUGCUGCUGCUGACACUGCCCCCUCCCCCGACUUCCAGGGCUCCUCUGUCCUCGCCCCAUGCCCUGGCUCAGCUCCCUGCUGGUCUCCUCUCCCCUGCCAGCCCCAUCCUGUCCCUCCUUCCUGAGGGCACUGUGAUCCCGUCCUGUCCUGCUCACAUCCUCCGGUGGCUCCCACACCCCGUAGCCCUCUGAGCCGGGGCCAGGCCUUCCUCUCUCCUCAUCUUCCUCUCCCCUGGGCACCCACCUCUUACCCCAGGUGAGACCAGGGGCUGGGCCCCGUUUAACUUCUCUUUCCCUCUGUACUUGCCCCUACCCUGUUGUCUGCCUGGCAGCCCCCAACCCUCACAAGUGACCCAGAUCCAUGACACCUCUUGGAGGAAACGCCCCCAGUGCCCUCCUCCCUGCUCACAUAUGUACAAAUUAGGACACAGCCCCUAUAUAAAGGGCUGCAGUUAUUUAUAUACAUGUCUGUUCUCUCUCGUGCAUGGUGAAUGUUGAGACUGGAUUUAUUCAUCUCUGCAUCGUCAGGAC